AUGUAUGAUUCUAUUUAUAUGACAUUUCUAGAAAAGCUUUCAAGUGGGGACUGGAUAUGCACAUUUUGCAGAGAUAUUGGGAAACCAGAAGUUGAAUAUGACUGUGAUAAUUUGCAGCAUAGUAAGAAGGGGAAAACUGCACAGGGUUUAAGCCCAGUGGACCAAAGGAAAUGUGAACAUCUUCUGCUUUACCUCUGUUGCCAUGAAUUAAGUAUUGAAUUUCAGGAGCCAGUUCCUGCUUCGAUACCAAACUACUAUAAAAUUAUAAAGAAACCAAUGGAUUUAUCCACCGUGAAAAAGAAGCUUCAGAAAAAACAUUCCCAACACUACCAAAUCCCAGAUGACUUUGUGGCUGAUGUCCGUUUGAUCUUCAAGAACUCUGAAAGGUUUAAUGAAAUGAUGAAAUUUGUUCAAGUUUAUGCAGAAACACAAGAGAUUAAUUUGAAGGCUGAUUCAGAAGUAGCUCAGGCAGGGAAAGCAGUUGCAUUGUACUUUGAAGAUAAACUCACAGAGAUCUACUCAGACAGGACCUUCACACCUUUGCCAGAGUUUGAGCAGGAAGAGGAUGAUGGUGAGGUAACUGAGGACUCUGAUGAAGACUUUAUACAACCCCGCAGAAAACGCCUGAAGUCAGAUGAGAGACCAGUACAUAUAAAGUAAAAUGACAUGGACUUAAAUCAGUUCUUACAGAAAGAAAGAAAACAAAAAACUUUUAUUUAAGUGUUGCUGGAAUAUCCUGCCUACAGUGGCGACCUCCUUAAAGAAGCUGAUACCUUUUACACAGUGUUAGAUUGAAAUAAUGGACAGAAAACACAUUCUUGUCAGAAAAGGGGGAGAGAACUCUAUUUGCAAUUUUAAAAGUAACCUGAAAGAAAAAGUGAAAUGAUUUGAAGAUUCUUGUUACUAAAGAGGGUGGAAGAGGAUGGUUCUCUCAUGGUUACCAGAGAUGGGCAAAUGUUAAUGAUCAUGUGGUGAGAUGGGCAAAUGUUAAUGAUCAUGUGGUAUUGAUCAGUGCAGGAAACUGAGUGUACAAGUCAAUACACGAGGGUCAUGUCGCUUGAUAAAUUGUCUCUUCAGACUAAAGCACACACACUUAUUAAAACAAGUUUUAUGCCUUUCCCUCCACUCACUUGCAUAAUAGGUUUUCUAGUUAAAAUAAAAGUAGCUCAGAUUCCACUUCA